AAUACAGCAAGCCAAAUCGUACACGGUCGUCGUUGUGUGCCGUCGUCGCUCGCGCAAAGGCCAGUAAAAACGAGACGAGGCUCGCCAAUCGCGCGUAUUGGCCCACGGAUCAGCAUUCGUUAUCAGCGGGCUCUUUGUCCUCGGUCCACGCAUCCGAUCCGGUGUCGUCGUGUAGUGCCGUGAAUACAGAAUUUCACAAGUGUGCUUCACCAGAAUGUUUCGUGCUGCGGUGAUCUUCAGUGCAUCGGGAGACGGCUGAACGAAGAGCCCAAACUUUUGCAGUGUGCUUACGAGCGUGUGUGUGCGUGUGUAGGGUAAUGUUUACGAAUUUUCCUCUAAUUUCCUUUACCCGAAAAAGGAGCAGUUUGUAGUAAGGUGGUGUACAGAAAGCAAUAAAGUUAAAGGUAGAAACACGGUCGUCGGAAAAGCCGUCGUCCGCGUCUCGCGCGUGUGUGUGUGCCGUGUUGGGUGUGCUAAAAAUACGUUCCCUUUCCCCGAAAAUUUGUGAGUGAUUUUUAUUUCCCCCCGGUUUUCUUCUUCGAUGUGUUCGCGUUCCACCGUAGUGAGUGUGAUUUUCGCUCCGUGAAAGCCGCCGCGACUGCACUGCAAUUCCGCAGGGUGAUGGACUCGCUUUUCCUUCCAGUCGCCACCGCAUCACAGCCCGGCGCUUGAAACCGAUCAAGCCACUUGGUGCAAAUCGACCAAAGGGAAAAACGAGGCCAAAGAAAGUCAGCACUCGCCGAACGGGAGGGACAGAGAGCGAACGAGCGAGAAGCGGGCCGGCCGAGUAGGGUUCGGAGGGUUCCACUUGCGGAAAAGAUCUGCGAAACAAGGUCGGCACAACACUUGUGUGCGAAAGUGCCGGCUUCGAUGGUUGGAAAACUGUCUGAUAUCUCGCGCGUAAAGGGGUGCUAGAAUCUAGCCGAGGUGUCUCCGGGUUAAAGGGCAACCGGAGACGAUGUGGAAUUAAUCUCGCGUGUUUACACUUUCCACGUCCCGGACUCACAUUCUCGCCCAGCGCUCACGUGUUAUCAGUGCGCUUCGGGAAGCAACUGUAAUCGUGUGUUGUAAAUUGCGAAGCUAACUAAAACCCGGAAAAGUGUGUCGUUGAAAUUCUGAGAGGCAUCCGGAGCGCUUCACGCUAGGACACAGCAUCUGUCACAUGAGAAGUCACGGGAAGUGAUAGUGUGCGUCGUCAAGCAAGCGUGUCAAGGCAGGCUCGGAUUAUCGUACCACUAUCUCCAAGGCGAUAGAAGACGACCGACACCAGCGACCAUCAGCGAAACGAACAAAGUAAUCAUCGAAUUGGUGGUUGGUUUUGUUGCAGAAACGGGUAGAAUAUAGAUCCCCAGCCCGCAAGAUCAAACAACCGUCCCGUUGGACGGAAACAAAAGCGGAACAAGGGCCUGAUAUCUUUCUUUGUUGGACAAGAAAGGGACAAAGCAUCGAACAUCAUCAUCACACUCCACGGAAACCUCGAUCAGAUGAUGCAAAUGUCCGGGGUGGCCGGCGAAAAAAAAUUGCCCCGGAUGUGCAAUUUUUUCACCACAAACGACCCAUAUUCGGCUGCUCGAUGGAACACGCGAAGCGGAUGGUAACCGGAACCGAUGUGCGAUAUUAGAAUAACCGCCACACGCCACUUGUUCAGCACCGUGAAACUUCCCCAUCCAUCGGACGGACAAUCCGGAAAGACGGAAAGAUAGUGUUUAAGACAGCAGCAAAGACACAAAACACCAGCAUCCCCGGGGUGUCCGGGUGCGGUAGGUCGAAAGAAAAGCCGAAGUAUCGCCUCACGAUGGAUUGGAUUAUCAACGAUGAGCUGGGGCUGACGGUGGGCCAUCUGGUCGGAUGGACGUCCGCCUCGUUUAUGGUGGUCGGUGGCGUAUUGCCGUACAUUCCCCAGUACCGACAGAUCAAACAGACGCAGGAUCCGGAAGGGUUCUCGUUACACGUUUGCCUUGCCCUGCUGGUGGCCAACACACUCCGAAUACUGUUCUGGUUUUCCAGCCGCUACGAGCUUCCGCUGCUGGUGCAGAGUGUGGUGAUGAACAUAACCAUGUUCCUGAUGAUACACCUGUGCGUGAGGGUGCGCCGGAACAAUGCGAUCAUGCAUAUGCGGGAGCGUGUCUUUUCAGGAACGGACGGGGUGAUUAGCGCGGUACACGGCAAAGGUGAUGACGGUGGUGGUGUAAUUAACAUUCGCCGAUCAUCGAGCACCAAUCUCACUGCGACGGCGGCCGGUGCUAAUGCAACGACCUCGACAACGGUCACGGCCAAUCUCAACAACACCACCAGCAUCGGUAUCGGAUCGGCCCUGGUAACGCAACCGUCGGACGCCGGUGGGCAGCCCAGACCGCUGAAGAAAUCACGAUCGCGUCACUAUAUCCUGGAUUUCGACUCGCGCUACUUCUGGCAGUGGACGGAUUUCCAGUCGUACGUCGAUUUUAUGCUCGUCGUAUGGGCAGUUGGUGCUGCCAUCACGUAUCUGAUGCUGUCCGUUACCUGGUUCAUGGAGACAAUCGGCUUCCUAGCCGUCUUUACCGAGGCAAUGUUAGGCCUUCCACAGUUUGUAAGAAACUAUAAAAAUAAAUCUACCCAUGGGAUGAGCAUCUGCAUGGUGAUCAUGUGGACUGCUGGUGAUAUGUUUAAGACUGGUUACUUUAUUUUAAGACAUGCACCUACACAAUUCUGGAUCUGCGGUACGCUGCAGGUCAGCCUAGAUCUUGCAAUUUUGUUGCAGGUCUACAUUUACCGUAAGAAUCCGGCGCCACGUAAUGCGCAUCGCGGCGAUUAGCAGUUUGCCCCCCAAAAUAUAACUAUUCAAGGCAGCGUCAACAACAACAACAGUAACAAGAACAGUAUCCAUUCGCAUCGACACCACUCGUCAAUUCGUAGCACCAGCAGGGCUGUCGACAGCCAGCACCAACCGUUGAGCAGUCCAGGCAAUGGCUGUACGCUACUCUCUUCACCAGAUUCGAACGACACGGCGCCCAUUCUUCCGGGCCGUCGUGAUGUUGGGGUCGGCUGUAAUCGACUGCUGGGGCUUGCUCCGUUGGCCACGGCGUGCUCGUCAUCAGCCGCGUCUUCCUUCUACAAUAGCAUACUCGGAGCAGAAUGCUCCGUUUCGUUGCGUUCGCGUGAUCGUAGCUCGCUAACACCGGGGCGUAACAGUCAGACGGCGGUUGGCAAGAGCGGCAGGUUGGCCACCCGUUUCCAGCACUCCAAAUCACACUCCAUUUCGUCCUCUCCCCGGGAAACGACACCGGUACGAAAUUCGGCCGUAAUAAGUGUACGUGGUGGAUCGGACAAGUUUAGUGAUCGUCAGAAAACGGCUUCCUUACCACUGCCCAAACGAAGGCAACUCAGUUUGAGCGCGCAUGAAACUACCACUCUGGGGCUAGAGGAAGGCAGCAACGAUCACCACCAUAUCAGCGACGAUCAACAACCUUCUUCCCACGUGAACAUCCCAACGGAAGAAACGUUCAACGGGUGCUCUUUGGCCGGUGACAAUUGUUCCUUCGAUACGGCAACUUCCGGGCUGUGCGGUCCUCACCAGGCCCGCGAUUCUAGCUGCACGCUCAACAGCAACAGCUACAAAGAACAAUACAUACUAGGCUGUGGUCACUAUCGGAGCAAUCUGAAGCAUUACGAUGCACUGUUGGCCGGUGGUGGUUGUGUUGUGACCGAUCGGCCAAAGGACGACAACGUCGAUGCCUUAGCGAUGGUAGAAUUUGGCGAGCGAAAGGAGCAGCAUGCAAACGCAUCCUCCACCUGCAAGCAGCCGGAACCUGAACGGUGCGAAAAGCAGGAGGAUGAGAAGAUUGCGACCGUACAGCCGAAGACGCACCACUAUCCGACCAACGCCAAAUCGCUCGAGGACAUCUUAUGACGACACGCAUCACUGGCCUUCUGGCCAGUGAUGAAUGUAGAUCAAAUACGACGGCUGGAGCAGCAGUGGUGGCCACAGUCUACCGCCUCGACCAUAUCCACUACAAACAAUGAAUCUCGCACGAUGAGGUCAGUCGAAACGCAAACCGAUCAGCUGGAUGGCGUCGGUGGCUGCUGUUGCGGGGACGAUGCGGCCAGUGUGUCCGGGCUGGUGCCGGAACUGGGUCACGACGAUGAGGACGGCCGAGGACGCACUAGUGAAAGUGAGAAUUGGUCGCUGCGUAAUGGAGAGGAAGCCCUUCAGGAUGGUGACCGGGUUCCGGCGGUGAAUGGAAGUGGUCGGGCAGAUGAUUCGAUAAAGAUUCGCUGUGAAUCGGAGCUGAAAUCAAUCUCGGCGCAGCUAAACCCUGACGAGGAGGAAGACGAGGAUGAAAUGAUGGAACAGGACGAGGAAGCUGUGGAACGUUCGCGGCGGGUGCGUCUUGUCGCGGCGAACAACAUGUUCAACUUUAACAAGCUCGAAAUUCUAAACGAACGUUCCUGUUCCGCUAGCGGUAGCAGUGAAGGGGGUAGCCAACGUGCCAACAUCACCGUUCCUACGCUACUCCGUUCAUCGUCCGGCGGUGGCACCAGCAUGAGCGACAGCAAUCGUAAUCUGUGCGAACACGAGGCUACCGUUGCGGUUGACGACGCGUUCGCAGCAGCUGCCAGCGCUAACGAGCAAUUGAAGCAUCGUGAAGAAGGCGCGAAAGGUCCUGCGCAACCGCCGCCACCAUCGUCCGGUGUGAAAGGGUUCGGAGCGCGGCUCGAUUCUCUGGAUGCAAUUUUCAUUCAGGAAAGUCCGGAAGUAAUUUUAUAGCAGUGGCCGCCGGCGUUUAGCUUCCUGCGUCUAACUUCGAUGGCCUUAUAGAGCAGAAGAAUCGACCAAAGAAAAACAAAUGUAGAAGAGAAAAACUCACAUGCAAUGGAGAUGCUUACUUACUGAAUAGUGAACAAAAGAACAAAAACAAAUCGAAUCGGGGGUGUUGACGAACGCAAAACAAAAAAGGCCCCAAAAACAUCGUGCAACUGCAACUUGAAUAGAAUAAUAUUUUUGGGGGGUUUUUAAGCAAAAAAAAAACAAAACACACGGUUCAAUACAGCCCGCUGCCACGCUCGUUGAUUUCAUCCUCUUCUCUCCACGGAAAGAAGCUUGAACUCGGCUGUGUGUGGCGCAAGUAGCAUUAUUUAUCGAAACGUGUGUAGCGGUAAACUAGGCCGGUUAAGAGAUUGUAAAAAACAUAUUAGCAAAGACAGAGACUUUAUUUUUGUAGUAAACUAGUUUUUCAAACACGGCAAACACUGUAUCAUUAUAGUCAUUAGGUUUAAUCUGUGCAAUCAUGCGUGCAUCAUGAUAAAAAAAAGCGAGCGAGAAAAUAAGUUACUGUUUCUGGGUUUCCUUACCAACAUUUACCAAAAACAAAAAACGAAGAAGAAGAACGAAAAAUUAGCUCCAACAAUCAGCCGAAUCAUUAUUGCUUCCGCGCGUAUGACAAAAAGUGUUCUUUCCAUGUGGUGAAGCAUUUUUUUUUUCCUUUAGAUGGACUAUCCGUUUCUUUUCUCUAAUUGUGUACAGCUUGUAAAAGGGAUGGAGGACGGUGUAAAACAUCGGACUAAAUUUAGUAGUGAAGUUACUCCUAUGUACUGCCCCAAUUCGGAAGCAAUGUAUGUAGCUUCAGCGCGCUGAAACGAUUGACGUGAGUUAAUACUGGAAGCAUUUUUCGCUUAGUUGUAUGAAGUAAGAAUCGGAAUUAAUUACGUAGCUUAAUAGCAAAAAACCUAAUGAAAUUAUGUUAAUAAUUGUGUUCGUUUUCGUUUAUUUUUGGUUUGCUCCCUUCUCAUCAACGGUUUUUUUUUGGUUUGAAUUGUUGACUUGAAGAAUGCUUCAAAAUGGUCAUAAUUUGAGUACAAUUUUUUUUUGGUUUGAUUUUGUAAAUUGAUUAAAAAAAUGCGGCUAAAAACCAUUUAGACAGGUAGGAAAGCGAAUUAAAGGCAACAAUCACACAAAUGAAAACCAUACUGCACCAUUAAUCAAUACUUCGCGGUACACUUAACGCUACUUCCAUACGAUGGGCAAUAAGAAAGGAAAGAAGACAUAGCAAAUAUUAAUUGAAAACUCGAACACUAAAUAAGGGAAGAACAGAACAUAAUCACACGGGUACGUUGCAUCGAAAUGAGGUGGAAAUUUAUCAAGCGGCGAGUGAGAGAGAGAGAGAGUAGAGCGGUGCGUGUAAUCUAAAAUCUUCCCUCGCUGUACGAAAUGCAACGGAUACCAACGUUUCUAUAUUAAAACGAAAAUAUUCUUUCCCCUUUAUCUGGUCGCUGGAAUCGUUUUGCACCCAUUUUUAUGUGUCGUGAUAGUGGACUGUGGAGAGAGAGAGAGAGUUUCUUCUAUUGAGAAUGGCCCCCCGCAAGCGUAUCGUGCAAAUAACCAUACGCGCGAAAGGACUUACAAGACAAAGAAUAAGCAAUCGUCAUUUGGAUAUAAUGAUUAAGAAAAACAAACUGUACUAUCAAAAACAUAAUCGACACUCAUACUACUAUCGAUGAAUGUUACAUUGCAUUGUAAGCAAACCAGUCAAGUGCCAUCUGUUUUAAUUGUACUAUUGUUUCCAUUUCGCGUGCGUUUAAUUUCAAACCAAGUGGUCCAAGUGGUGGGGAGAAGCGUGAAAUGUUGUUUCGAAAGCGCGAACGCGGGAAAGUGGGAUGGAACUAAUUACACUUAAAAACCACUGCAAUGUAACUGAUUACAUUCUAUUGCCUUUUAAAACUGAAACGAUACUAGGAAGAGACUUGAGUGUGAUGAUGAUGAUGAUGAUGAAGCUAUGCUAAACAAAACCAACUAUCUACACUAAACUGUAACUAGCUACAAAUCAUCUCGAUUGGAGGGAAAACGUUUUAAGGUACAGGUUACCCCCGAUGGCCCGAUGAAAUGCAUUUCCGUUUAAAUGUAAUCAAGUGAAGCAAAUUUUUUUUCGGUUUUGCAAAUUCAAAAAGAAUCCUUGUAGCAAAAUUCAUACAACAUUAAUUUUCCCUUUGAGACGUCACUGUUCUGUUGGCUGUUGCAAAAAUAGCAAGCUAAAGUGUUCUGACCAUCACGCGAGUUGAUUAACCAGACCAAAUUGAUCUAUUUUUUUUACUUCCUCCCCGUAAACCUCAUCUCAAAUGCAUGUGUAGAAUGAAAAUGCACAUUACCAGAAAUGCAUAGUGAUAGCAGUGGAUGAAACUAGAUGAGAAGAUGAGCAAGGAGCUGGACGAAAGAGAUGAGAAGAUGGGAAUGUAAGAAUCGUAAUAAACGGAAAAGCGGAUGAGUAUUAUCGAA